AUGGCUGCUGUCAUCCGACUGCCCUAUCGACUUGUUAAACCAGUUAAACAGUUGUUUGAAGGAAUGAAAGCAUACCGGGGUGUAGACAAUGUAAUAAGAAUGUUCCGACCUGAUCUAAACAUGAAAAGAAUGAAUGAUGGUGCAACAAGAGCAAGUCUUCCUAACUUUGAAGGAAAAGAAUUUAUUAAGUGCCUGCAGAAACUAAUAAGCAUCGAUAAAGAAUGGGUGCCAUAUUCAACAUCGAGUACAUUGUAUAUACGACCUACAUUUAUAGGAACAGAGCCUUCUUUAGGUGUGAAUAUUUCCGGUAAGGCUUUACUGUUUGCAAUUCUGAGUCCUGUUGGUCCCUACUUUCAAACUGGCUCAUUCAGCCCUGUUAAAUUAAUGGCAGAUCCAAGGUAUGUCAGAGCUUUUAAAGGAGGACCAGGAGACUGCAAAUUAGGAGGAAAUUAUGCACCAACAAUUAUGGUACAACAGGAGGCAGCUAAGCUUGGCUGUCAACAAGCACUGUGGCUAUAUGGCGAUCAACACCAGUUAACAGAGGUUGGUACGAUGAACAUUUUUAUGUACUGGAAGAAUACACAAGGAGAAAUAGAGCUAGUUACCCCACCUUUAGAUGGUCUUAUUCUUCCCGGUGUGACCAGAAAAAGUUUAUUAGAAUUAGCAAAGAAAUGGAAUGAGUUUAAAGUAACUGAGAGGACAUUUACAAUGGCUGAUGUAAUGAAAGCUUUGAAAGAUGGCAGAGUUUUAGAGAUGUUUGGUGCAGGUACAGCGUGUGUGGUGUGUCCAGUGGGUAGUAUUCUGUAUGGUGGUCAGACAUUAGAAAUACCUACUAUGAGUGAAGGGGCACCAAUUGCCAGUAGAUUCUUUAAAGAACUAACUGACAUUCAGUUUGGUCGAACUAAAAGUAACUGGACGCUGGAUGUAGAGUGAUGAUCAGUAAAUGUGUGGCAUUAUAACUCACUGUAUUGUUAAGCAAACUAAUCAUGGCAAUAUUAAUAAAAUGAACUUAUCCGGGAAAUAUAAAUAUUAACAAUAAUAUGGUGCCCAGUGAAUGCUACUGGAAAAAAAUAUUUUGUCAACGAAUGUAAAUUUUGCGGUUUUGCUUAUUUUUUAAUUGUCUGAAAACUACAGUAAAUUUUUGUGUUUACUCUAAAUACACAUGAAAUGGACAUGAUAUGUGGGUAUUUUGAAUAGUGUUUAAUUUACCCCGGUAAUAGGAAGUGUUCUGGUUUGAAAGAAGUGAUCCAAAUCUUUGAAAGUAAGCUGCAAGGAAAUGUGCCCUGUUGAUUUCACAGCAUUUAUUGUUGCUAUCAAAGAAGAUGAAAUAGUUGGUGCUAAAUGUGUGAAAUAAAUUAACAUAAUAAAUCGUGUGAGACAAAUUUCAGAAAGACGUGACAAAAUCAAAUUUUGUUGCAGUGCACAUUUAAUUAGGAUCCUCAGACAAGUCACAGUGACAUGACGAAAUUGUAGCCGAUCAAGACUCAAUGAAAUUACCUUAAGAUAAAAAUCAUAGCAAUGAAAAGUAAACUAAUUAAAUAUAUAUAUUUAACUUUAAGAUGGUUAUGUUUUGUAUAAUUGCUGUAGCAUUGGUAUAUCAUGCCCAAGUCUUGUUUUUCAUCAACUGACGAGUGUGUAGACAUGCGUACAGCUGUUAGUUUGUUAUAUCUCAACACCACAGACAUACUUAUGGUACCAAGUGCAAUGUCAAUAACAGGGUUCAGGGUGGAAUACUUUUUAGGGGUUAGGAUGAUUUUGAAUUGCCCAAACUGUCUAUUUUCUGUGUACUUUCCGAAAAAAGGGAAUUGGCAGAGCAAUAAAAAACAGUCUAAAAGACUGUUUGGUGACAUCGUCUUUGAAUAUGUUUACAAUAAUUAAUGAAGCUUAUUUAAUCAUGUUGCAAACAUUUCAUAUUCAUCAUUUUGUCGUGUUCACAUAUUUAAUUCGAAACUCCAAAAUAUAAACUCUAUGCAAAAUUUGUUUUCAAGUUGAUCAUGUCAACCACAUUAUUUCUUUCUGACAUUUAUGUUUAUUAAAUCAUAUUACAUACUAGAAAUGCAAUCAUCUAUGCAUGACAAAUCUAGCAAUGCUAGAUCAGAUUAGGUGUUUUAGGAAUGGAUUGUAGGGUACCACUUUGUUUCCGAGUGAAAAUAGGGAAUUUUUUUUCAGAUAUCUUUGCUUGUCUCAUUUGUAUCUAUUGGCGAGAUCAAAAGACAACACUGCAGUCAAAUAAUAACGCUGACAAAGACUGAUUAUAGUAGCACUUGUUAUGAGGCUUGAAGUGAUCAGGCUCGAAACAGCCGUCCAUUGAUCUUGUUCACAAAUUUACCUUAGUAUUGUUAACAUAGGUUGAAUAGUUGUUAUGCUACCAUUAUUUAAUAUAGUUAUUUAUACUUGAGGGCUUUUCAAAAGGUUUAAUGCAUUUACCUUUAAUGCUACUAAAAUAAUAUAUGAAUUUAAUGACUAAAAUUUGUUUGGCCAUUGUUGAUAAUUUUGCCUUUUAUACAAUGUAACAUUUUCAUUUUGCCAUGAUAGCAUGUUUAGAAACUCAAUCGUUUUUUUUUUUUUAUUAUUUGUGAAGAUCUCUCUGGUACUGUACAUUUAUUUGCUCUUAUUAGAAGUCAGUCAAAAAUAAUUUGGCUUCUAAUAGAGUCAAUAACAUUAUUCGUUUAUGGUCAAUUGUAAAUUUGAUAUGAUGGGGCAGAGUUGGCGCAUAGUCAACAGGCAGGGCUGUGUAACCUCAAGUGAUUUUGUGUGGUCUUAUGUCGAAACACUGAUUAUUGUUUUCAUUGUUUCAAAAAUAAUAAUAUUAUUCACCUGGUGUUUAAUUAUGUUUGAGUGUGUUCAAGUUGUAACAUUAACCCAACUUACUGGUAACAUGUUUCUAAUUACUGUACUGUGAAACCAUCACAACACUGGCCAAAAAUGGGUGUGAAUACUUGAUUAUACUUGUUUAUGUGAAAACUUAGACAUUAUGAUUGAAGUUGAGAAAUGUUUCAGAUUGGCAUUUGGAUUGUGUUAUUACAAUCAUAGAAACUGUUUUCACAAAAUAGCAGGUGACAAGGGAGUUUCAGAAAUGUAUUAUUUUCACACAUUUCAAGAAAUUUGAUAUUGCUGGAUAUAAUGCACAACUCUUAUACAUAAAUAACUAAGGUUGCUCAAAUAUUGAUCCUGCACGAGUUUGCACAAGAUUAUGGAAAUUUUCAUGCUGUAAUGAUUUCUAUCCGCAGAUUCAUGGCCUUUAUUUUUAAUAGGUGUCUAUUCAACACUGUAUAUUGUAAAGAAAUCCUUAUGUGGUGAAGACGUGUAAAUAAAAUUGCUGUGUGGUAUUUUGAAA